UACUCACUAUCGUAGCGUGGAACAGAAAAGCAGUACGUUAUGUCCAGUAGGCAUUGAAAAUGUCAUUCAUCAAACAUUUCGCUUAGAGGAGUGCAGUCUGUGAAAUGAUGUGACAAAGAUUUAAAAUUAUUAGUACACAACAUCUGUGCGGAAAAUUAUUCACUCGGUGACAUUUGUUUUUGAGGAUUUUUAUUUACUUUCACUUUGAAUAGGCUAUUUUGAUAGUGUCGGUUUUCACGGAUUUUAUAUAUUCGAAAUGGCCCGUUUAACGUGUGUCGGAGUUAUUAUAUUCAGUGUGUUCGGAAUCAUUUAUUCUCUAAGUACUGGCACAUUACACUGUAGGGGUGUAAAAGACGAAUUCGCAAAAAUUAGUAGUCAGGAUUUGGUUCCCGAUUUACCUACAAUCGAUGAGGGUCUCAGCAUCUGCUCACGAGGGUUGACGCCUCGCCAGGCCACGUGUUGCUCCAAGGAAACAGAGCCAGUAUACGCGGUUGCCUCGGAAACAUAUGUUAUGAACAAUAUCCGGGCGCGAAACAAGUUCCUGAAGUCGGUUGUCACCACCCAUUUGCAGUAUUACAGAGAAACAAUACUAGAACUAAUUCAGCACACUUUGAACAACACCAGAGCAAAGUUGUCAGAAUGGUAUGGAAUUCCCACUGAGGAGCAUAGGCACAUCGUGAACAAUCUUUUCUUGUCUUUCGAGGAUUUUUUGAAGUCCAAUCACGUGUUAGUAGAGGAAAGUGUCAGUAAAUUCUUCGAUAACAUUCUUCCUGUGAUUUAUAAAAAUGUGAUUUAUCGCGAUUCAAAAUCGUGGACUCCUGCACAUGCAAACUGCUUGAUGAAGCACCGGAGCGAAAUUACUCCGCAGCCAUUCGGGAAGAAUCCAGAAGAAAUCGCUGCAAAUUUAAACAACGCUUUGGGCCUUUCAAAGUCCUAUUUAGAGGCGUUGGCUGUUAUACUAGAAACAAUAAAUAACACGGAUAACCUUGCGUUAGAAAAUGAGUGUAAAAAUGCAGUUGUUCGUCUGCAGUAUUGUUCUCAUUGUCGGGGUUUUAUCGACGUCAAGCCGUGUAACGGUUUUUGUCUGAAUGUCAUGCGUGGAUGCCUAUCCAAUAUGGCGGAACUGGGCUCCGAAUGGAACAAUAUUAUCACAUCUAUUGAGGGAAUGGUGCGAGAAAUGAGUGACAAAAGCCUCGGAGACGCUUUCAAGAAGCUGUCCAUCGGAAUUACAGAUGCAAUAUUCCAUGCAGUAACUACUGAAAGGAACUUUAACAAAAGCGUGCAGGAUCUAUGUGGCAUUACUAUAGAUGGCUCAAGUGCACCCUUCACACCGUCUAUUUCAGUGACAUCUAAUGUUCAAACUGAGGUGACAGGUCCACUAUCAAUAGAGUUGAUGCAGGCCACCAUGAACCUGAUUGAUGCCAAGGGACUGUACACCAACCUGGCAGACGACAUUUGUGCCGAGCCCGCCAAGUUUGAACAGAACCCCCAGAGUGCGACGUGCUGGAACGGGACAGAAAUAUCAGCGUACCUUCGGACUCCCGUUGAACUUGACAUUCUUGAGCAGGCGCGCAACAACCCAGAGGUCAAGGUAACCCUUGUGCAACCCGACCUUAGACGGCUGAAGGAAAAACUGACCACUGUCAAUCAGAUCUUGCAAACGCAAAUGCACAAGAGUGAGAGAUUCCGAUACCGAGGCAGCAUGAUUUCAGACGACCCGAUUGUUCUGGAUUUUAGCGGCAACGACCCGAAGAUCGGUAACGUGAACAUCGAAGGGGGCACAACUCUGUUUGAUGAUGAGGACUUAAAUGGGGAUUACUUGUCUGGUAGCGGGAGUGGGACAGAAGAUAUUGACAGUACCAUUGAUACCAGCAUCAAGCCUGAUGUAGAUGUUGUACUCGACAAAGGAAAUGGUGGAAAGUAUGACGUUAACCAAGGUGGGGAACUAGGCCAGGCCCCCAGAACCACACCUCGCCCCGCCCCAAGUAGUCAGCCACUUGACAGGAACAGCAGCGUACACGGCUCGCGGGCGUCAAUUCUUGUACUCUUCAUUGCCUUGUACGUCGCACAUGUAGCCACUGGUCGCAGAUAGUAACAUGUUGUAUUUGUUAUGUUAUAUGGAAACGCUCUGAUGUGUUAAGUUUGAAACAAAAGAUGUGUAUAAUCAUAAUUAUGCUUAAAGCAAAAGCUUUGAUGUGUUUUGGAUGUGUUUGAUGAGGAUUAAAAGAAAAGCAGUUAUAUGAUAAAACUUUGAUGCAUUCUGGUGAAGUUGUAUAGACUGGUAAACAAACAGUUUGGGAUAUUAUGAGCUUUCAUACAAUAUUAAAAAGGACUAUAAAUGAUUUUUAAUAUUUGCAAUAAGUUUUUUAAUUAACAUUUUUUUUUGUCCAUCGAAGUAAAUACUGUAAAUGGCUAUCUGUGAUCAUAUUAAGGCAUUUUUAUGUAAACUAAGAACGUUUCACUAAAAUAGAUAAUAUUUUUAUUUUAGACUAUUGCCUUACGUGCUUAAUUGAGUUUAUUGGUGUUUAAUAUUAUACAUACUGUUGCAAGAUUUCAUUGAAGCAUUCUUAUUAUUAUCAAUAAUUGCAAAAAAAAUGCCAUUAGAUUUAAUUACCAUCAUUUAUAGUUUGGUUUCAUUUUUGGUAAACACAGUUUCAUUUGAUAUCAUAAUUGACUGACGCUGUUUUUUUUUUGGGAUCAAUUCCUGCAGAGGGUGAUUGUUCCAUUUCAAACAUACUGGUUAACAUAGUUUAUGGAGGAAAUACACAUAUUUCUUGUUUACCUAUUAUUUUUCUUCAUACGUAUUGCAUUGAACACGUAAAUAUGAUCAAUCAUAUUUGCUAAUAUAGUUUUAUGUUUCCAUAUAAUACUAGUAUUAGGACUACUUGCUUCUGUCAAAACAAAUUUUCUGCCAACUUUGGCAAAUAAGUGGUAGAAAAAACAAAACACUUUUUAUAAACUACUUCUGCUUACGGUACAUAUAAGAUGCAGAAAAAGGUAUAUAAUAAAUGUAUGAUUACAAUAUUUAUGAAGUCUUGGGAACUCCAGGCAAGGCUUUUUGUGUGUAAAAACUUCCAAAAACCAGCUCGACUGAUUCGAGUUCUAGGAACACCAUACUAUCAUAAUAUUAAAUAUAAAUAUAUAGAUAUUGCAUGGAAAUAUAUCCAUCAUCUCAUAUCAGCAUAUAGACAGUUGGAUGUGAAACGGUUGUAUUUGAAAAAGAAUUGAUGAGUAGGUACAACAUUUUAACACUGAUUAUUUGUUUGAUGUUCAUCACAUCUAUUGUAACCUCCUUAUGGUGCAUUGUAGCCUUCUCAUGGUGCAUUUUAGCCUCAUGAUGGUGCAUUGUAACCUUCUGAUGGUGCAGUUAAGAAGUGCUCUAAAAUUAAAAGUGUGAUAAUUUUUAGCUGUAUUGAUUGUUUUAAUAUACUGACAUCUUGAUUUUUAAUGAGCAUAUUUUACAAAAACAAAUAACAACAAUGUGUGUAAUAAUUGCAAGAACAUAAGCAGAACAGAAAAAAUCAUCUGCAAGUAAAGGAAACUAUCCAAAAUACAAAAUACAAUCAAUGUAUUCUGUUGCAGUUGUAUAUACGCUAAUAAAUUGAUAAUUACAUUCUGUGUUCGUAUAAGUAUUAUAGAUUUUGUGUAAAUGUAUUGUUAUUUUUAUAUGUUACUUCUUUGAUAAAUUAUUGUGUCAAACACAGUUAUGUUUUUAUUGGUUAAACUACAGUAUGACUUUGUUUUUAACAUUUUCAUGUAAAUCUAGUUGUAUGUAGCCUGUUCUCAUGGAGAGCCCUUACAAAAUAUUGUCUUAGUGCCCUUAGUUCCAGAUCAGAAGCAAAGUGAAAAUGGUUUUUUCUCUUUCCCACUUAGAAGCAAAGUAAAAAUGGUUUUAUCCCUUUCCAAAUUACAAGCUAAGGGAAAAAUGGCUAUGUUUAAACAGCAUACAACUAGAACAGCCUGCGAGUUACUCGCAAUCUGUUCAGGUUUUAUGCUGUUUGCGUAGGGUUAGAAAAAAGCCUUUUAAACUUGAAUCUAGUAAGAAAGGUCUUUAAUUAAAUGUAAAUUUAUAACUGCGGAAAAAUAUGUAUCAAAGUGGGUUAUGUAACUACAUGUAGCAUAAAUCCAGAACAGCUUGGGAGUAUUUUGCAGUCUGUUAUGGUUUUAGAUUUUUGCUGCCCAGCAGUAUCCGAGGAAUGGAAAUGAAGUUUUUUAAAUCAAGUGUGGACGUUCCUUUACUAAAUUAGAUUUUUUAAGGGAAAAUAAACGCUUACAAUUCGUAUCUGAGCGGGAAAUGGUUAAUUAAGUUGGCUUUAUUUUUUAAAGGAAGCAACAGAAAGUUUCUCGCAGUUUCUAAUGCUUUAUAGUUUCACCUGAAGAUGCGUACGUAAAAUUUGUUUAAUAAUUUGUCUCUGAAACAAUUGUUUUUAUUAUCAGAAGACAUUUUUUGGUCUAUAUGAAAGGAAUAACUUGGUUUGAAGAGCAAGGAAAGCAAACAUAAAAGUUCGAAACAAAAAAUGGCCUAGAUGCCAGUACUUUAAAGUGUUAUAAAUAUUGUGCAUGUGUUGAUGAAAUAUUUGCACAUGAUUUCCUCAUUGAAUAAUGAUACAAACUGUUGAAUAUAUAGUUCUGUUUUUAUGUUCAAAAUAUAAAUUCAAAGGCCAGUUUUUUUUACUCAGGAAAUUUUUCACUUGGCUUGUUUGUUCUAUGUUCUUAAUUUGAGCAAUAUCUAGAUUUAGUAAGUUCAAAAUAAUACAUUAUAUGUUUUAAAAGAAAACAUUUGCUGUGAAAUAGGACAAUGCCGAAAGUAGACAAAUAGUUGUUCUAAAAUUAAAUAUAAUGAGUGUGCUAUAAGUGUGUCAAAGACACAUUUAACUUUCAAUGGAUGACAAUAUGUCUUUCGCUGGUAAAUUUUAUAUGAAAAAACACGGCAGUUAAAUCAGCCGUAAAGAUUCAGAUAUCGCUUCUAUUUGUAAUCUGCAAUAAAAUAUCGACCAAAAGCAUUGUGUCAUGAAUCACUAAUACUUCACUUGCAAUCUGUUAUUAAAUAUUCACAAAAAACAUAAAAAUUUUGUCAUGUAACAAGGGCGGCAUGCACAAACCUUGUUUUUGAAGGUUUAUUUAAGGAGUAACAAAUACACAUUUUUCUUCAAAGUAAAAAGUGUAUAACACAAAUCAUAUAUAAACUAACAUAUUUUUGUGAACUAUUUUUCAAUACAUGUACCAAGUAAACUCUUUGAUGACAAUAAACCAAAGAGACUUGGUAAUGACGUUUGGUCCCAACAUGGCAAAUUUUCAGCUACAACUUUUGGCAAUUGAAACAACAAAGCUGAAGAAAAUUUGGACAAAAAUAUGUCAUCAUUUGGACAAAAAUAUGUAAUCGUAAAUUUGAUUGUGUGAUCAACGUGUCCACUUAAAAAUCAAAUUAAAACACCAUUAUUUUGAGAAAAUCAUAAAGUGUAAAUUUGCCGCAGUGUGAUUAAGGCAUACUCUUUAUUUUAUUAGAUUCAAGAUUAAACAUUCAUGGUUUCCUACUAAACUCUGUGUCAAGUGUUCUAAAUUCUUCAUAUUCAACUCCAUUGUUUCAUAUUUUGUUAUACAUAUGUAUGUAACAUAGUAUUUUAGUUGUACUUUAUGUUGCAUGUAUAGGCAUAUAAUACCGACAAUGUAUUGAAAUGAAAUUUCAAUGUGUACAAAGUUGUUGAUUCACUCUUUUUUGCACUUGAACAUUCAAUGGUGUUUUUGUUACUGUUUCUUUUCUGUGAUUGUUGAACAUGCAAAUGUUCAUGUUGUUUUCCUAACAAUGAUCCUAGAUCCCACAGCUAUAGGAAUUCUGCCAUACUUAUCUGUUACUUUAUUAAUGUGGAUCCCACAGCUAUAGGAAUUCUGCCAUACUUACCUGUUACUUUAUUAAUGUGGAUCCCACAGCUAUAGAAAUUCAGCCAUACUGAUCUGUUACUUUAUUAAUGUGGAUCUCACAGCUAUAGGAAUUCAGCCAUACUGAUCUGUUACUUUAUUAAUGUGGAUCCCACAGCUAUAGAAAUUCAGCCAUACUGAUCUGUUACUUUAUUAAUGUGGAUCCAACAGCUAUAGGAAUUCAGCCAUACUGAUCUGUUACUUUAUUAAUGUGGAUCCCACAGCUAUAGGAAUUCAGCCAUACUGAUCUGUUACUUUAUCAAUGUGGAUUCCACAGCUAUAGGAAUUCAUCCAUACUGAUCUGUUACUUUAUUAAUGUGGAUCCCACAGCUAUAGGAGGUCAGCCAUACUGAUCUGUUACUUUAUUAAUGUGGAUCCCACAGUAUAGGAAUUCAGCCUUCCUGAUAUGUUACUUUAUUAAUGUGGAUCCCACAGCUAUAGGAAUUCAGCCAUACUGAUCUGUUACUUAAUUAACAAUAGGAGUGGUGCUGUGGGGCAUGCGUUAAAUGCAUAUGCCUAAAGUGCUUUUUCAGAUUGGGCUUUUUAGAUAAUUGAUUGUACAAUUGUAAUUAAAGCAGCCUUUGGUGAGUUUGGUUCAUUAUAAGGUGUUAAUAUUUACAUUGCACAGCAUGAAAUUAUUGUUGACAUCUUGGACCAUGUUCAUCCAAUCAAACCUUAGGCUUAAAAGAUAAUGAAUAGACUUACACACAUUAUAAGAUAAUUUCUUGUAUAUAUAUAUGCAUGUAUAUCAGCUAUCUAUACUCGGUAUGUCCUUAUCAAGUUUUUCUUUGUAAGGAAUGAUUUCACUGUGUGUGGAUCCUAACCUACUUAAGAUCAACAUAACACAUAUAAGCCAAGCCAUGCUCUUGGAAAACAUAGCUCACUACAUGUGUGUUAACCCUUUCAGCGCGGGAACCGAAUUUUGAAGGCCUUUGCAAACAGUUUGGAUCCAGAUGAGACGCCACAGAACGUGGCGUCUCAUCAGGAUCCAAACUGUUUGCUAUUCUGAUAGUAUUCUUUGAAAAAAAAAUCGAAAUAAAUGCUAAUUUUAGAAAUUCAGCAGACGACCUUAUAGCCGAUGACAAAUUUCCCAGCAUGCAAAGGGUUAAGUAUCGUCCCAGAUUAGCCUUUGCAGUCCACACAGGCUAGUCAGGGAUGAUGCUUUCAGCUUUUAUGGAAUUUUUCAUUUGAAGAAAGCCUCUUCUAAAGGAAAAGGUCGCCGUGGUGUAGUGGAUAUGGUGUCUGCCUAGCGACAUGGAGGUCACAGGUUUUAUUCCCACUGUGGGAUCGUUCUUUAGUUCUCCCCCAGAGACACCUAGUACUGGUUCUAGUCCCAGGAAACGGACUCAAGAGCGUAUAUAUAAGCCUUAGGCUUUCGAUGCAAUCUAGGUAAAAUAAAUAAGUUGAAAUUAAAGGAAAAUGAAGUCUAGUCGGAAAAUGUGGUCUCAGAUCAGCCUGUGUAGACUUUGUCUCAGAUCAGCCUGUGUAGACUUGGUCUCAGAUCAGCCUGUGUAGACUUGGUCUCAGAUCAGCCUGUGUAGACCUUGUCUCAGAUCAGCCUGUGUAGACAUGGUCUCAGAUCAGCCUGUAUAGACUUGGUCUCAGAUCAGCCUGUGUAGACUUUGUCUAAGAACAGCCUGUGUAGACUUGGUCUCAGAUCAGCCUGUGUAGACUUGGUCUCAGAUCAGCCUGUGUAGACUUGGUCUCAGAUCAGCCUGUGUAGACUUUUGAAGAUGGAUAAGGAUAUUGAUAUUUUUACUAUUCUCAUAUUUUAGAACUAUUGCAGUCAGUUUCUAUAAGUGUUUUGGACAAAAGUACACUGGGCAAAAAUUAGAUCCAUUAAUGUUUUACUAAAAUUGUAUGUCAGUAAAUGAUAACAAUAUAC